ACUAUGGAGGAAUGGAGACAAGAGAGUAAAGACGAAGAUAAGGCUUCAACUUCUUUUUAUCCUAUUAAUGUUUACAGAUGUAAACAAUCAACAGAAGGGAAGGCCCAUCUAAAGGCUGUAUUUGGAUUUAGAAGAUGGCUUUGCUGGUGGUGGCGCCAAGAAAUUUGCUAGCAGUAGCAGGUGGUGUGAAAUGGCAUCCAUAUCAGUGGCGAAACCAAGGCAGAAAGAAUGCCUUCAUCUUCCUCUCAUCCCUUGGACUGUUUCCAAAACCCUUUGUCAAUAAGUUAUCUCAUCUAAAAUCUAAGUCAAUUUGUUCAUGUCUUAGAAAUGAAAAUGCAAAAAUGGAUUCUGAGGAGGAUGAAGAAGAGGAGUUCCGGGUACUGAUAGCCGUAAGCAGCAAAUAUAAUGACAUAAUGAUUGUGGAUACACCUACUUCUAGGUUUCUUCUCCUCGACUCUACUCACAACGUCCACAGCGUUGUUAAUAAGGGUGGUGAGAAAUGGACUGGAUCCUACUGGGAUGAGUUUGCGAGUUUACCAGCUAUUGUUCCACAAGGUCCAAUUGCAAUCUAUGGCUUGGGUGGUGGAACUGCAGCGCAUCUAAUACUUGAAUCCUGGCCCUCGUUGCAGCUUGAAGGCUGGGAGAUUGAUGAAAUUUUGAUUGACAAAGCAAGAGAAUAUCUAGGACUAUCAGAUCUUGAGAGGCUCACUCAGGCUGGAGGUAGACUUCUUGUUCGUAUUGAUGAUGCUCUUUCUCCUUUGGAAGAUGUUUCUACCAAAUAUGCUGGGAUUAUCAUUGACUUGUUUUCAAAUGGCAAGGUUUUGACUGAACUGCAAGAGGUAGCAACUUGGUUUGACUUGAGCAAGAGAUUAAUGCCCAACGGCCGUCUUAUGGUGAAUUGUGGUGAUAUUGAUGGAGCAUCUGAUGCUAUAGAUGGAAAGCCUCGGUUAAAAUUACCUGAUGCCACUUGGGUACAAAAUUCUACUGUCAAGGCAUUAUCUCAAGCAUUUCCUCUACAAGUAAGCUGGAAGAGAAUGCCUGAAAGUCAAGGUCAAAAUUUUCUUGCACUGACGGGAGGUUUCCCAGAUCUGGCCUCAUGGUCUGCUGCAGUCCCAAGUUGUUUAAGUGAAUCUGUGAAGCAAUGGAGGCCUUGUGAGCCCCUUCCAUGAACAAAUGCAUUCAUCUCUUCAUUUGAAUUUCACCUUGUUGGGUUCUUCAUUAAAUACACAAGAUAAGCCACCAUAAAGAUCACUGCAAUCCUUUAA